CUCGGCGCUACUACUGCUCGCUCCUACAUACGUACAGGUAUACAUACGUACAUGUGCGAUUCAGUCGCGGGGCUGCGUGUAUAUGCAUGCAUCGAGAGCCGCGAGUCGAUAAGACACUUAGAGGCUCGCGAUCGGUCUUCCGCGCGCAGUUCGAGACUCGUCGCGUUUAGGCUCGCUCGUCGCUCUGCUGCUGCGUCUCGGAGCUUUUGAAUUUUCCGCCGCCAAUUCGAAUCAGCUGAAGAGUAUUACUGCGCUGGUGUGCAGUGUUCUGUCGCGGUUGAGAUUGAGGCUUUGCAAAGUUAUCGUACCUCCUUCGCAAUGACCACGAUAGUGGAGGUGCCGCGCGAGAACCUGGCCCCGCAAGACCUGGGCAGGCGAAAUGCCGUGCCGAUCAUUUACACGAGGGGUACGCACUACGACAUUGGAUUCGACAUCGGAAGGACAUUCGGGAAGCUGAUCCGCGAUUAUGUGGAACGUUACAAGCCUCUGAAUGAGGCGUAUCUGUCGCUUUACGAGACGAUCGAGGGACGACGAGUCUAUGACGAGACGCUUGCCUGCGUCAAGGAACAGUACCCGCAGUACGUAAGGGAGAUCGAAGGCACGGCUGAUGGAUCUGGUGUGCCCUUUUACAAGCUAUUCCUGAUGCACUUGGACGAUAUCGUGCCUAAUGCGGCGGCAGACGGUGCGCAAGGAAACACACAGCCCGUCGGCUGCUCUUCCAUUAUCUGCAAUCAUCCGGGACAGGAAAUUUUGGGUCACAAUGAAGACGCCCUCACCGAAACCAUGAACCACUGGUACCUAGUAGACGCUCACGUCGUCGAACCUGGACUACAGGAGGAAAAAUUCUGUUCCCUGAGCUACGCAGGAUUUUUACCGGGUUACACAAUGGGCUACAAUCAUCACGGACUCGUCUACAGUAUUAACACCCUCAGCGCGAGAACUCUACGCUCUGGGAAAACGCCAAGGUACUUCAUAACCCGAGCUCUGCUGGGUGUUGAAAACUUCGUAAAAGCGCAAGAGACGUUGCGCAACGAAGGUUACGGCGCUGCGGAAGGUUUCUCUGUCAACAUGACCUUUUUGAAACAAGAGGGCGACAGGAUGUUCCACAACGCAGAAGUCGGACCUGUAGAGACUGGGGAUACUCGGUCCCAGUUGUGUAUCAUGACUGCCAGUCCUGGCGAGAAUCUAUUUCACUGUAACAAAUACAUGCGAUUGAAGGUUCCGGAGGUCGAAGGUCUUAUUAUUGACAGCAGUAUUCACAGGAUGGCAGCGAUAAACAGGCAUCCGCCACCUAAGACUCGACAAGAGGUGAUAGACAUCCUCAGUGAUCAGACUGAUGACGACUUCAGAGUUUAUCAGGACAUUCGCCCUGAGGAUUUUGUAAAAACCAUUGCCACUGGAAUUUUCGACUGCGUAGCGAGAACUUGGUCGAUUUAUACAGACAAACCGAACUGCAACGAGCCUAUAGUCGUUCUACCACUUCGGUUCAAAGAUAACGAACCUCAAUGCUGCAGAAUGAAGAGUGCAUCGUGAAAGACUUGGCAUUUUCUCUACUCACAAUAUUUAAUGUUAGGCUACCUUCAUACUUUGAUGAGAAGUAUUUUUCAAAUAUCACUUGCGAAAUUUCGAAGAGACAAGUGCCUUAGAUUUCAUGACUAUAUUCGUAGUUAAUACCUUAACAAGAGAUUAUUUAAAUCUAAAGAAUAUAUUUUGUUUUCUAAAAAAAGAAAUUAAAAAAAUUUAUUACGAAAA